AUGAUUGCCCUAAUACUGCCAAAUCCAUUAUUCCGAUUUAUUGAUCCUAUUGUUCGUCUCAGGCAACAAGGGAAGACUCACUAUGAAGAAAUCAGUUAUGAAAUUGACCGAUGCUAUAGAGUAAACAGUUCAACAACGGCAAGGGAAGUUGCCAGCCGCUUGGCUCCACGUGGAAUUCGAGUUAGCGAACCAUACAUCAAACGAAUAAGAGUGAAAUUAGGAUAUGAGAACAAAACCACAAAAUAUUGUCACACCAUUCGUGAUGUUAACAAGGAAGUGAGAGUACUGUUUUGUGAAGAAAUGCUUCACGCUGGAACGACGUUCUCUGACUGUGUCUUCACAGAUGAGUGCACGAUUCAAGGUUUCGGUCGCCUUGUGCAGGACAACGCUCCUGCACAUGUCAGCCUCUAUACGAAGAGAAAAAUGGAGGAGUGGCAAAUGGAAACUUUGGACUGGCCCGCAGGGAGCCCAGAUUUGAAUCCGAUAGAUCUAGUCCGGGGAAAUAUGAAAACUUCUAUUAGGAAUCAAAUAGCAAAAGAGCCCGAAUCAUUUCGAUUACCUACGCUGACGGUUGCCGGACCUCCGCGUGAUGGAGUCGCUCCGCUAAUACUAAUUAGGAUGCCACUCGCAUAUGACCGCGUAGAUGAAAACACCGCAAAGUUUUGGAAACAUGAAGUUGUGCGUGAAUUUAUGAUACCACUAAACGCAUCUCAUCCGCCACAUAAUGGCCAACCACCGCCAACGAUGGCCGUUUUCCCUACGGACCAAUUCAAUGCCAUUAAUGCUUCAUGGAACAGUAACCAGGAAAUCGCACAGCUAUUAUAUUCAGCGCCCAAUCAUCCGGAAUGGAUAGCACAGCAAGUGUCGAUUAGACCUCAAACUGGUGCACAGUACAUGUUUUGCCGAUUUGAUGGUAACUGGUUCAAGAUGGACGGCUAUGAGUGGAAGAAGCGGCGGGAGGGAAAACUUAUACGUGAGGACCACAUGAAGUUGAAGGUGAACAAGCAAGAGAUACUCUCUGCUAACUACGCACACUCAUCCGUUGUUCCAACUUUUCACCGCAGGGUUUACUGGCUAACGAGCAAUCCAGAGUAUGCUCUUGUACACUACCUUAAUACGGAAACUGAGACUAAUCUGAAGAACAUUAUGGACAAGAUCUCAGCCUGUAUAAAACUGAACAGUUUGAAUCUCACUCAGCAACAGCUUUUAGAUCAAGUAUCCCCAAUAUAUGCCAAUCUAUUGAGCCAGCAGGAUAUCGCUUGUAUUUGUGAAAAACUGUACAGUAGUCAUAUAUUUUCUUCUUCUGGACACAAUGAUCUCGACUCGGCGGUUCAACCGAGUAUUCCCAACUCUGUUGUGACCCAACAGAAUAAUAUAUCGUCCCAUAUUCCUCACGGAUCCUCACAUCAUUUGGAGAGGCGAAAUUCAUGCAGCUCUGCUUUUCGGCCGGGACUAUCAUCGCUGAUUCUUCGAAGGCAACCGUCCACUUUUAGUGAUUCAGUCGACGUAAGCUACGGAGGUGCAUCCGCCAUGAAUGGUAUGAUAGACGGUACUCCUUUAAGAGAAGUCACUAGCUAUCCUGCAGAUUGUUGCUCGCAUUCUGGUGAAACUCAUCGUAGCAGCAAUCAGGAUGAAGAUAUUAAAUCAACUAGUCUACAACCAUCACAACCUGCUUCUGCUUCAUCGUACCAACCAGACAAUCAACAAUCAACAUGUCUUACUCCGAUUACGGAUAUUACUCCCAACAGUGGAUGUAUCAAAGGUGGCACGAAAGUGUUGGUAAUUGGUGGCUGGUAUAUGAAAGGUCACGAUUACUCUGUAAUGUUUGGUGAACGAAGAGUAGCUGCUAAGCUGAUCCAAGUCGGAGUACUUUCCGUCAUUGUGCCUCCUACAUUGAUGAACGGUGUUGUGCCGGUACGCGUGCUCUGCAACGGUCAAAUAAUUUCAUCCAGCAGUGAAUUCACAUACAAUGAUGAGAACGAUGAACUGACAACGGCUGCCCUCCGACAAUGUAUGGUGGAUAGGCUUCAAGUCGUAGUUCAUGCCUUCGGAGCCAUGGAAAAGUUACAGUGGGUUGCAUCUAUGGAUGAGGAUUCCAUCUUGUCACUUCUCCAAAGUCUUGCUGGACGACACUUGUCACUGCCAACACUCCUCUCUGCACAUCCAACACUUCCAUCUAGGACCAUACUACAUAUAGCUGCUGCUCUGGAUUACCACAAAGUUAUUGAACACGUUUUGGGAUGGAGGCGAGACCUACCAUUCACCAGGGAAUUUGAUCCAUUAGCUCGUGAUGGUGAAGGUCGAACACCGCUUCAUGUUGCUGUGGCUGCCGGUCACGUAGCUUCAGCAAGGGUUCUGGUACGUGCUUGUCGAACAACUGUUGACGUUCUUGAUGAUCGCGGAAGAACCCCGUGCGACUUAAGCUGCGAUGAGCAAAUGAUGCGGCUUACGGCUCGAACCGCUGAUCGAGAUGCUGAUGAACAGAGAACACUGCCGAAAAAUGCUGAAGAUGUUGAACACGUGACGUCAACAGCACUCUGGGUACUAACGAACGGUGAAACAGUAACGGAUGAACAUUUACUCAGAGAUCGACUGCCGCCGGACGUAGAAGGAGAGGACUCGAGUUCGUCGAUUCUAAGUGAUUCCGCCAAGGAUGACCAUGAUCUGAACCGCCCAGGGCCAAGCAGGGCACGAUGGUGCGAUGAACCUCUUCAUGUAGAGAUCUCUAUGGAUACGGAUGUUCAUGUACCGGAUUCGCCUAAGAUGGCUGACCUCUUUGAAGCUGUCACAAGUCCUGGUAUCAUGUUGAAUGAUGGUGUUCGUGCAAAAAUGGCCUUAUUAGCUCAGCAGAUCAUUGACGCUUUGCCGGAUCGAAUAAAGAAUGAUGCUCAUCCACUCCUCGAUGAUGACUCUAUGUCAACUGAUGUGAACACACAGUCAGCAUUCGCGUAUCCAGACCAUAAUCCAUUCCUGUCAAAUCUUUCGCAUGACUGUCCAGCGGACUGGGAGUUCCAUCAGUAUUUCGCCAACAAUCAUUAUCGUGUACCUACUGAUAAAUCGGCUGAAGAUGUGCUAUCAUCGUUCUCGGGACAACCAUCAAGUCCUUCGUUUGAUCAUAACCAUUUAUAUCCCAACAAGGCAGACAAUAGCUCAUUUGGAUCGACUCGAGAGAAUACAUUGGAGAGUACCAGUUUUGAUUUUGACAAAGAUUUGGGCGAAUUUUUCAAUAUGCGUGUUGAUGGUGAGGAAGACCCAAUACGGCAACGCUUGGGAGAUCUGAAAUUGUCUGGAAACGAUCUAUCAAUAACUAGAGAUUAG